CCCUUUCCGCUGAAAUAAUAAUUCCUACGAAAGUGUCGCUGCAGUCGCCUGGGGAACGCUCUACUUCCCAGCUGGCUGCAAUCGCUGGCUCCCCUCGGGUCUCUCGUUAUCUGUUGUGUUAUUUCGGGGCCAGUGCUCUCAAAAGUGUCGAAAAAACCCCGAACAAUGUGCACCCACAUCUCCCAAUCAGUCCCAGCCCCCUGGAACUGAAAAACCCCCCGACAAAUCCGUCCCCAGGAGCCCGAAAAAUUUUCCCCGAAAGGUCUGAGCCCUAAAAACCGAAAAAAAAAAAAAAACCUCAGAAAGAGUUCUCGGAUUGACGCCAGAGUCCCCAGUGUUCUGUUCUGCUCCAUCGUAAAUGAGUGAAGUGAGUGAUUACGAACAAUAAACGAUCCCAAAACCAGAGCAAUUAAUUACAGGAGAAAAAAAAAUCAGUGCAACCACCCCCGAGUGCCGAGUAACCCCCACAAAAAAAAAACAUUAAACAUCCCCUCCCCUCUGCGAUGGGAAGCUCGCCCCAUUGACAGGCAUCGGAUUCUCCUGGUGUAAGUGUUCGGUUGUGUUGGCAAGACGUGUACGCAGGUAAUAAUUGAAUAAAAAAAACUGACAAGUUGCUUGGAGAAAACGAGCCACAGGCUGACGACGUUUUAGAGUACAGGGGAGGCAGAUUUACCAGGAUAUCGAUUUCUGUGUUGCCCCCCUAGCGCGCCGCUUCACACUCGAGGCUCUCGAUUGAAAAAAAAAAAAAAAUCCUCCAGGACAGCCGGAAAAAAUCCCACCCAGCUCCCAAAAAAAAACACCUCCAAUAAUCUCCAGGAGUUGAUGAUUUUUCUUUGAAAUCCUGCGACCUUUGUAUCUUUAAAUCCUGUUCACGUGAUGUGACUCCAUGUGUGUGAAUCCGUCAAAAAAAUUCACAAGUUCAGAGAACUCACCGGAUGAAUCCUUAACCCCGGAGAAGCCCCUGAGAAAAGCCCUGCAUCGAUUCCAUCACGUGCAACGAUAUCCCGAGCAAAUACAUCCAGAGUAAUAAAGAAGCUGGAAAGAGAGAGACGAGGCCAUCGCAGCGGCCAUGGACGUCGAUAUUUUUGGGGCACCCACAAACGUAUCACGGCUGUAUCACGUACGUGUUAAGCCGUGUGUAAAGGCCUGAUAGGGGCCCUUAAAUCCCCAGGAAUAAAUACAAAACACGAAGACAUCACGACGAUCGAUUUACCAUCACAUACUCCCGACCUCGAAUCCCCCCCUUUAAAAAAAUAAUGACACUCAAGGGUUGAAUUAUCUAAAUCAGAUCGAUAUCCACCGAGAGUGAUAUCCAGUUUGACAAUCGAGAGAUUGAUCCAGAGUUUCCAAUAAUCACAAACAUAAUGGAUUUAAACCUGACAUCAGACACUGGCGGUGCAGUGGCCUGCCCAGUGUGCACCCUGUACCUGAGGGAGGGCAUAUCCCUCCAACGUCACCUGGACACACAUCCAAAGGAGCAGGUGAUCGAGGCCCUGAUAAAAGCGAGCAGCGGCUCGCCGUCCCUCCCCCCGAGUUUACCACCCUCUUUGCCCCAAGCCCAGGGUGCCCAGGGGCCAGCCCAACCCCAGACUCAGUCUCACUUACCUCAGGGUUCCUACCCCAUAGGUCCAGUAUUCGAGUAUCCCCCAAUGAAUGCCAUGAUGCCACCUCAAUUCGCCUCCUUCAGUUAUCAGCAGUUCGUCAAUAAUGGAACAAUGAUGAUACCCCAGUACUCGAUACCACCACCACCUCAGGCCAAUCAGAUGAUGCAGAUGCUGUACAAUCCGUACAGCAUGUACCAGCAGCAACAGGUACCCACCGUGCAGAUGCUAUCACCAGUUGCAACAAUUCCAACCACCAGGAUGCGACCGGUUGUCACUGUGGCUGAGACUAAUACCAGGAGUAUUGUCCUUUCAGGACAGGGAAAGGAUAUACCAGAGAUUAUUGAGGAGAAUGAGAGAAUUUUGCCGGAUAUUGAGCCACCUGACGGCUCUGAGGACGUGGGGGCCAGGCUGCAGAGGCAGAUGGAGGACAGGGGGCAGCAGACUAUACCCAGGAGGGUUGAGCCUGAGCCUGAGCCUGAGGGACCCAAGGACGAGGAGGAGGAGGGAGAGAGCAUUGUUCCUGAAAUCGUGGAGCCCAGGGAUGAGCAUAUACUCCAGCGGUUCACCAAUUUUCAGGGGCAGAAGGACAGGCAGAGUGAGAAAGACAGGGAGGCGAGUCAGGUGGAGGAGAGGCACCAGGUGAAUGAGGGGCAGGAGGACGAGGUGAAUGAUUUGAAUGAUUUGAAUGAUUUGAAUGAUUUGAGUGAGGUGAGUGAGGGGCAGGACGGUCAGGAAAAUCGUCGUGAGGUUUUGGGUGAGAAGGAUAGGCGUGGGGAGAUGAGAAAUGGGGAGGCCGAGCAUCUGGAGCGUUUUAUCCUUAAUAUGAUGGAGGAUAAUGAGAGAUGUGAGGUGUCCAGGCUGCAGGCACAGACUGCUGAUAUCAGUGCGAUUCAGGUGCUCACGAUUGAACAGGGUAGGAGCUCUUUGGAGAUUGAUUACAAGCGCCUGGAGGCGCCGUACAGGUACAGGAGUAGUUUUAGUGCUCCGGCUUCACCGAAUCUCGUUAAGAAAGCGAGGGGGGCCUUCGCCAGGUCCGAGUGCGGGUCAAUUGAGAAUCUCAGUGUUUAUCCAGUGGGUUUUGAGGCGUCGGCUCUCCAGGAGGACCUCGAGGACAAUCAGGAGGAGAAAAAUGUGCCAGAUAAUUUUGACGAGGAGGACAUGGAGCUUGAGGAGAUGACCAAUCCUCGUAUGAAUUUCGGAAAGGGAAAUGAGCAGAAUAGGUGCUCCUCACCAUUGUCGACGAUCAGUAGAAUUUCCGGGGUGAAAGUCAGAACGAGUCUGAACAAACCCGGAUCACUAGCUUCGGUGCACUCUUUCAGGGGACUCAAUGGGGAGAGCGAUGACGAGUGUGAGGACCACCAGAAAAUACCUCUCGACUGCUCCCAGGGGGAGAUCGAGGGAAGAUUCGACACUGGGUGUCAUCAGUCUGUUAUCACUGAACACAUCAGCUCGUUUACUGUUAAUUCCAAUCAGAUUUGUGGUGAGAGUUACUCAAUGUCCAGUGGAAAGGGACAAGGUCAAGCAAUUGGGAUUGAAGGAAUGGAUCCCACCACCAGCGCUGACUCUAAGAGCUUUCAAUGUAUGGCUAAGAGCAUGGGUCAGAUUCCAACUGCUGAGUUGCUGAAUAUUAAUGAGGAUGCACACUCUGGGCCUAUGAACGUUUUUGAGUUUGAUGGGCUGCAGAUUCUGGUACCCAGUACUUUUAUCAGUGAAUCCAGUCAGAAGGCCAUCAGUGCCACUAGUCAGCAGUCUAUGGCAAGCAGUGAGUGUGGAGGUAUGAUUGAUGAAGAGGUCAAGAGUGUUAAUAUGAGGGCUGAUGAGACAAUGCCACCCAGAGGGGAACUCUCUGAGCAGGAGAGCAACGGAUGCACUGAGCAUUCUGCUUGGCAGCUGUACGUGGGUCAAGAAUCCUCUCGCAUGUCGACGUCCUACGACCUGAUGGCACGAGAAUCCUGGGAGGAGUCCGAGGGCUCAGACAACGAGUCAGCAGUUCCUCUGCUGGACAGUCGAUCUCUAGCGACGCACUUCACGUCGUCCCUGUUUCUAGAUCGAGACAGAAAGACACCGACAAAACGAAUAUUCAAGUGUUCCUUCUGUACAGAGGUAUUCGAUUGUCCAAAAGAGCGUCGUGUUCACAGUACAACAUUUCACAAAGAGGCAGGACCCUCCAACAGCAGCAGCAACAGCGAUCUCCUGGAGACACCCGAGUCCAAAGAUCUGAAACUCCUGGAUGGUCGAAUGAACGCCUUCGAGGAGAUCUUCGUUCCAGGUCUACAUGUACCCACGUAUCAACAGUCACAACCACCUCUUCUCCACCAGCUACAGCCACCACAGCAGCACGCAGACAUAUUAAAACAAGAUAAUGACGAGAAAGUGGAGAUACCAACGGGUCUCGAUGUAUCAUGUGCCAUGUGUGUCCAGAGAUUCUCCUCCGAGCGCUCCCUCCAGGUGCACAAUCGCCGAGUUCACAGUACAGAAGUAGCAAGACGCCUCCACGACAUAUCAAAGUGUCAAAUUUGCAACGAGGAGUUCCCAUCAGUCGUCCAAUUCAAUACUCACUUGAAAAUUCAUCCCCUGGAGUGCCCCCAGUGUGGCAAAUACUUUUAUAGAAAACAAAAUUUCAAACUCCACAUGAAACGUCACCUGGGAAUAAAACCCUUCCCCUGCACAGUGUGCGACAAGGCUUUUCUCACAAAGCAGAAGCUCGACGAGCACAUGAAUGGACACACUGGUAAUGCACCAGUAAAAUGCAACCUGUGCAAUGAAACAUUCAGGAGAUACUCCAACCUGACGCAGCACAAGAAUCGCCAUCACUUGAAUGUAAAGAAAAAGCUGAAGGAUUACAUAUGCCACUGUGGCGAGGUAUUUCACACCAAGAAGAAGCUCGCCUGGCACAAGGAGACACACGACGAGAAACCCAAGGCCUGCACAUACUGCAACGAGAGAUUCAUUCACAUGGCUAGUCUCACCAGGCACAUGAGGAGAGCCCACAACAGGAGAUUUGUACCAGAUGCCCAGAGGGAGAAUGAGAAUGUCGAGUGUCCAAUAUGUAAGUGCAUUUAUCUAAGAUCAUCUUUGUCAGUUCACAUGAGGGUUCACAAUGGGGAGAGGCCCUAUGAGUGCCAGGUAUGCUCCAAGGCAUUCAGCACAAAGUGGAACUUGCAAUUGCACAAGUGGACUCAUGCUGCUAGAAGUACUAAACCGUUUAAGUGUAAUCAGUGCAGCGCUGCUUUCUACAGACACAGUGAUUUUAUUGCUCAUAUGAAUUCACAUAGAAAUGUUAGGCCGUAUACUUGUAAUUACUGUGGGGCACAGUUUAUUAGGAAGUAUAAUUGUUUAAGACACGUUAAGGAGCAUGAGGAGAAUAAACAGUACACUUGUGAUGUUUGCAAUAAGACUUUUCACAGGUCUUAUUAUCUCAAGGAGCAUUUGAGGGUGCACAGUGGGGCGAGACCUUAUACUUGUCAUAUUUGUGGCAAGAGCAGUAGUACGAAGAGCAAUCAUAAUAAACAUGUCAGAAUUCAUCAUGCUAGGGAACCCGUUAAUACUGAGAAUUGAAGGGCGAGGGGCAAGGGAAUUGACACUGAGGGAAAAUCUUGCAACUACUAGAAAGUUUUAGUCAUUGCCGUUUUUAUACUAAGAACACAAAGACUCUGCAAUGUAUUUGUUUAUUUUAGAAAAGUAGUUGGAAAAAUUCAGUAACGAGGGGGUGGAGGGACGAUCAAUUUAGCUGAGGGGUGAGUUUUUGGGUUAGUUGAUUUAUUAUUUGUUAUCUCUUCGGUUUUGAAAUGUUUCCCUCGGUAAUAGGUCUUUUCGGUAAUGCAGAUGUUUUUUUUUAAUGACAGGGAGAACUAUUUUUUAGAGACGUAUCGGGGGGUGGGAACGCCUUGUGGAAGAAUGCACUGGAGGUUUUGAUCGAGGGACUCUGAAGUAUCGGUUUUAGGAAUAAUCGAGGCAAGUGGCUUGAGUCAGUGAUUAAUUGACGUGGGGAGUGGAAAACGUCAUUAUUUUCAAUUGAUUUGAAAUUUUUAAAGUGUUUACAGCAAGUCUUAUAUUUUUCGUAUGACUUUUUCGUCGUUUAUAUUUUUUGCAAGCAUUCAUCGAAAGUUAUUAAUAAAAAAAAUUGUUAACGUAGGUCGUUUUACCACUCCACCACUGAAGUGAUGACCAUUAGAGCAAACUCUGGAGGUUUGCAAUUAUUAUUUGAAAUGAAUUGUUUAAUUGUUUCUCGAUUUAGUUGAGAUACUUGUCUGGGAAUUCUCGGAUGAAUGGGAAAGGCACAUGUUCGGGAAAUGGUUCAAGAAAUUUUUUGGGAAUGUAUUUUGGAGAUGGGGAAUUUAUCGAAGAAUGUCGAGACAUUUUGUAGAGAAAAAAUAGUGACAUUUUUCGAUAAAUCAAAUUUUCGAGAUAUCGAUGAAAAUUUUUAACCUAUUCAAUUCCCAUUUCUCUAUUGAACUCUCGUAGUUUCUCAUUGAACCUUUUCACAAUUGAAUCGAUGUUGUUUUUGAUUAGUGAAAUUUUGUUGACUCGAUGCUUGAUGAAUAAAAUCGUCCGUCGAUCGUGACUUAGAUAAAUUAAUUAAAGUAAUUUGAUAAACAGAAAACGAGUGAAAGAUUCUGUCGUGGUAAAGAUCCAGUGACUUGGGACCCUAACUACUUAAGAAUACUGAUUAAUAAUUAAUAAAUAAUAUCCAGGAGUCAACAAAUAAACAAAAAAAAUCUAAUUGUUGAUCGGAGAUUGAAGAACCUUGAAAUUUGUGUUGACGAAACACAGAGAAGAUUAAAAAAAGUGAAUAAAAACGAAGUAAUGUUAAGAAAACAUGAGAAAACAUUUGCCAACUAAUAGUAAAAUAAUUUAAUACAUAAAGAUAAUUAAUCAAUAAUAUAGAAGGGAAGAGUAAUUAUUAAAUAAUAUUAAUGAGGUCCUUUACGUGUCAGUCGUUGUAAGUGGGAUAUUUUUUUUUACUGUUUUACAAAUUCAUAAGAAAACAUUGUGGUAAUGACAAUUGUUAUUGUCAAUCGGUGUUCAAGUGUAAUGAGUGUGGGACAAUGUUACAGUGAUGACAGAUAAAAAAACUAUUCGACUAGUUAUCGAAGUGAGGGGAAAAAUGGAGGAUGAAUUGAGAACGAAAGGGGUAAAACGUACCAGAACGAGUCAAUUUCUCAUCUCAGUGAAUCUGGAAUUAUCUCAACAGGGAAGUUUACAAUAAAAAAUCGAGAGAACAUUUUCUUUUCGACAAUUCAAUUCUCAGCGAUGAGUCCUCUGUGGUUUUCUUCUAAAUCCAGUAUUACUCGAGAUAAUUCAAACUAAAACGUUCUACCAAUUUUCCCCAGAACUAAACACUGCUAAUAUAAACAAAAAAAAAACAAUACAAUUAGAAUAAUAGCCAAUCGCUAUUACCUUAGUUGUUAUUCUUCUAUAUUUAUAUAUUUUGCAAUGCAUAAGGUGAUCAACUAUUGGUAUAAUCAAUUCCAAUAUUAAGACUGAUCGAUGUUGGUUCUUCGUACUGCUCUCUGCAAGAAAUUAUCAAUUAAAUCCUCAAUCAAUGAAAUGUCAAUGGCGAGAUGAUUGGGGUCAUUAAUAUUAUUUUAUCCACACUCUUUUAACCGUUGAACUCAUCAGUUGCAUCCAUAAUCAAUUGUAAUCCCCUGUUUUUCCAUUUUUUUCAUCAUUAAAUAAUUCAUUAAUUAAUCAUUAAGUCUAGGAUUGAUGGGAGAUGGAUCUGUUGAGUCGUGAAUAUGGUUGGACUGGAAAAUUAUUAUGGGUCCAAUUGUUCAUUCAUAUUCCGAAUUAUUACUAGAUAGUUAGACACAAAUGAAUUUCAUCGAAGCUGCACCAAAACAAUAAACGAGUCAUGCCAAUUGUCCUGGGGGUGAGAUUUUUAUUGUCUCUUGUUCAUUUGAAGGGAGAAUUUCUGAGGGGAGCAGUAUGAGACACAUUGGACUGCCCGAGACAUUUAGAGAAUGGAUAAUAAAUUCAGUAGAGAGAUUAUACAACAUAUUCCGAUCGAUAUUGAAUUUUUUUCAUUCAAUUAUGGGGCUCGGGGGAGGUAAAUCUUUUUAAAAAUUAUUCUGCAUAUUUUCUGGGAAAGUUUCGUCGUCUCGGAUUAUUAAAUAUUCAAAUGAUAUUUUAAGGCUUUUCGGUUAUCGAAAUAAUUGAGAAUGAUUUUUUUGAUUAUUAUUAAUGGACAAUGGAUGAUUAAUUAAGGGUUGUGGUUAAUCGUGAUGAAUAUUUUCUCUACUGAAUUAUCACCAGUGUGAGCAUAAUAUUAUGAUAAUGCAAUUGGUAUUUCCCACGAGAGAUUUAGAAGUAGAAUUCGCUGGUUUUUUAAUUUUACCUGCGGGUUGAUGAGAGGAAUCUCAGCCAGGCAAUUAAUCGAUUGAAAUUAAUUGGUUUUAUUGAUCCCAGCAUCUGAGAAACCAGCAUCGAUGUCCAAACGUGCAAUUUGUGUUAAUUAUUAGUUCAAUUGGGUGGAAAAAUGGGGAAAAAAAUGGGGGAGAAUGACGUGAAAAAUGGAAGAAUUCUUGGGAAUAACAAAAAUGUGUAUUCGUAAUUAAUUGAUGCGGUAAUGAAGGUAAUACUGUACAUAAUGUAAAUAUGUAUAUCACUUCUAUUUUAUAAUAGGGCCAAUGCGAGUAAAUAAUAUUGAAAAUUAAACAGAAUAAUAAUAGAUAUUGAGAGGAUUAAGAUUUCAAGGAGAAUUUCGAUUAUGCGAUAAGGAAAACAAAUUGAUAAGAUUCUUACUAUGAUUGAAGAAUAAAGAUAGGAUAAUUAAUUAAUGGUAAAUGAAAAGCAAAAGGUAAUAACGAAAAAAAUGCGAAUACUACAUGAUCUUUACAACACGUGUAUACCUUAAUGAAGUUAUGUAUUGAGGUACUUUUUAAUGAAAAAAAAAAAACAAAACAAAACAAAAAAAAACAAGCAAUGUUUCUUUAUUUUUUUAAUUGUCGUUUUUAUCUCUUUAUUUCUAUCGUAAUUCGUCGUAAUUCUUUUUUGACGAUAGAGGAGGUACUUUAUCUUUGGUUGAUUCAUUAUUGUUUCAAUGUUGUAAUGUUGUACCACGUGUGUACAUUAAAGAAGACAAGUAUGUUGUACAUAUAUACAUUAUCAA